AUGGCUCAUGGCUUAGCAACACAUCUGAAAUCACAGUUUUUAUGUCUCCAGCUCCACGUGACUGUGAUCCUUGUCGGAGCCCUCGUGAUCCAGCUCUCGGAGGCCGGCUACAACAGACCGGACGAGGACGAGGACUGGGAUUUUGACGUGAAACCGUACGGUGGCAAUCAGGGCGGAUCUGGCAGGCCGUCAUACCCGUCAGGAAAUUCCAACGGAUGGUCCAACGCGGGACCUACAGUAGCCCCACGAAGACCCGCCGCACCAUACGGACCAUCGAAACCGACCCAAUCCAGUGGUUGGUCUCCUCCAAAUGGACCUUCUUUUGGGAACAAUUACGCUCCGGCAGGUAAUAAUGGAGGAUGGUCGCAGACAGGAUCCGGACCCCUCAUUGAACCUAGACAGCCAGCGAGCCCCUAUGGAUCUGCGAAGCACCAAUCGUCGGGAGGUUGGACUGCCAGCAACUUCGGUGCAUCGAAGCCGACCUUCGCGCAAAACGGAAUUACUUCCGGCGGAUGGUCACCGUCGAAUGGUCCAAGUGUUGCACCGAAACGCAAUAUUGCUUCUUAUGGUCCCGGCCCAGCUGCUAAUAACAAUGGCGGAUGGUCUCCGAACAGCGGCGGCGGCGGCUUCAAAUCGUCCUCUAACGGCCAUUCCGGGGGCUACGGUAACUCCAACGGAUGGAGCUCACAGGGCUCCCAACCAACUGUUGCUCCUCGACGACCACAAACAUCCUACGGGCCCGCACCGAAACCCGGAGGAGGAGGGGGUUGGACCAACGGCGGUGGCGCCGCGUCUCCUCACUCCCCCAGCGGGGGUUUCGGCGGUUCGAACGGAUGGUCGCCAGUAGGACCCACAGUAGCCCCGAAGCGUCCCUCAGCCUCCUACAGUCCGAGCACAAACGCAGGUAGCAACGCCGGAUGGUCUCAAUCCAGUGGCUCCCAUAGUCAGGGAGGAGGAUGGAACCAACAGCAGCCUACAGUCGCUCCCAGACGUCCUCAGAACUCCUACGGACCGGCAUCUGGACCCGUUGCCCAGGGGGGCUGGACCCCAUCCGGUCAAGGUAACGCCAAAUCCUCUUAUGCGCCGAACGGCAACUUCAACUCUGGAAACAGCUGGGGGGCUUCUGGCCCGACCGUCGCUCCCAAACGCGGCCACGUUUCGUACGGGCCGGCGGCGAACGCAGGGAACAGCUGGACGCCAUCGAACGCGGGCUCUGCUCAGGCUCCGUAUGCUCCGUCCGGUGGCUCGGGAGGCGGUUGGUCUGGAUCUCAACCGACCGUGGCUCCGAAACGACCUCAGGUAUCCCAUGGACCGGUGAACAAGCCCGCCGAUGCUGCAGCCUGGUCCGGAGCGGGGCCGACUCAGGCUUCGUACGCUCCGUCCGGUGGUCACUCAUCGUCUGCAGGCUGGUCUUCCGACGGGAACAGCGGCCCCAGACAACCUUCAUACGGAGGACCCUCCGCCAACGCUGGCGGCAGCUGGGCGCCAGCAGGUGCCGGACCCGCCGCAUCGCCUCAUCGACCCUCGUCUUACGGAUCCCCGACAGGUGGGAGCUGGUCCAGCGCGGCUAAACCCGCGCAUUCGAAUGGGGCGGGGGCAUCUUGGAGCUCCGACGCUCAACCAAACUACGGUCCGCAACGCAGCCCUUCGCCGUACGGAUCCCAUAGCGGAGCUCCGACCGCCGCAGGUGGAUGGACCUCUCCCUCCAACGGUCAUUCCAAGCCAUCCCACGCCCCCAUUGGCGACACUCCGAGUAACAAUGGUGCUUCUCAUCACGGGGCUCAAGCCAUAGCGAAGCGCCCCACUUCUUCCUAUGGCGCCCCCCCGCAACACGCUCCGGCAGCUGGUGGUUGGUCUCCCGAUGGAGCGAACGCUGGUUACGCACCGGGCCCCGCUAAAUCUGCCGGAUGGUCAGACGCCCAGUCUGGAGCGCAUGCCCAAUACGGGCCGACGUCUUCCCACGGAGGUGGAUCGCACGAUUAUGAAGCUGGUGGUCAUGGGGCUCCGAUGCCCUACGAGUUCAGUUACAAUGCCGACCUCGACGAAGGAAACAUUUACCGCGAGGAAAAAGGAGACGAUACCGGGAAAGUUGUGGGCAUCUACACCAUCAGGACAAAUGAUGGCAUCAAUCGAAAGGUGAAAUACAUGGCGGACCAAAGCGGCUUCCAUGCCGAAAUCGAUACCAAUGAGCCUGGAACCGCCAGUAAAAACCCCGCGGACGUCAUCAUCCGAUCCACAGCGCCGCAGGACAUUCAAGACGCACCAGGAGCUUCGCAAGGAAAUUAUGCUGGCGGUUAUGACAAUCACAGCCAAUUGUCGAACGCUCGACUACACGGAGGGAGCAGCGCGGGGGCUGCAGGUCAUCGAGGUGGAGGAUAUGCGAAUCCCGAUGCCGCUGGAGCCUGGGAGGAGAAAUAG